AUGCCACUAUUACAGCCCCCAGAGCAGCAUAUACCCUUAGAACCGGCAGCAGUGACCAAAUCUGCUGUUGCAGAGACCACGUCAACGGCGUGGAUCCACCCCCAUCUCGAGCAAGGGGUCGACCCCUACAAGGGCCGGCAGCUGCGGGCGGCCCAGCCCAUCCCGCGCGGCGAGGUGGUGCUGGUCGACACGCCCUACGCGGUGAUCCCCGCGGUCGAUGACCCCCGGACGAGCGAGGCGCUGCUGUGCAGUCACCCCCCGUGCAGUCGGCGGAUGGCGUGCCGUGCGGAACGUCUCGCGUGUCCGCAGGGCUGUCUGGGGGAUGUGAUGUGGUGCAGUGCCGCCUGUAAGGCCGCAGACCACGCCCGCCAUGCGUUCGAGUGCACCUGGCUCAAGCGGUUCGCUCCCUCCAUUCGCGAGAAGCGGGGCGAGUAUGAGUUCGGGAUGCUGUGGUUGAUUGUGCGGAUCCUUGCCGCGCGACACGUUGAACUGUUUGAGGACAGGAAGUCGACGACGACGACGACGACGACGACGACGGAUGAGCAGGUGGCUUCUGGCCCCGGGUUCGCCCAAGGCUGGCAGGCGAUGCGGUCCUUUUGCGGCUCGGAGGACUCGUGGUCGCAUGCGCAGGUGCGCGCGUGGACGGCGCUCGUCAAGAAGUACCUGCGCCAUGGGCCGGUGCUACCGCACCACCUGCCGGACAGGGAGGUGCUCAAGCUCAUCUGUCAGGAGGAGGCCAACUCGUUUGGCCUGUACCCGCGCGAGACGGGGCUGUACCCCGUGCCGCCGGAUGCCCUCGACCGGGGCGAGCAGUUCGGCGCGGCGGUGUAUCCUCGUGCGGCCAUCGCGAAUCACUCCUGCGGACCGAAUAUGACGCAUAAACCCGACCAGCACGGUCGGAUGAUCUUCACGGCGGCCAAGGAUAUCGCCGCUGGGGAAGAAUGCUGUAUCUCGUAUUUCGACCUGACACAGUUCACGGACCUCCAGACUCGACGAGAGCGUCUGCAGACCCUGUUUCGAUUUGUGUGUCGGUGUUCAAGAUGUGAGAGUGAGGAACCGCCGGUCGAGGAGGUUGAAUGGAUCGCAAUGCAAGACCAGUCCCGGACGGAAUCGACAACGACAAAAAUCCCCGAUACGGUGGUCGAGGAGGCCCACGUGCUGUCCGCGGGGUCGCAGCAUCUGCACCGCAAGCUGCGGGGUAGAGAGGUGCAACUCCUCGCGGUGGGCGGCGCUAUCGGGACCUCCUUGUUUGUGCAGAUGGGCGCUGUACUGCCGAAAGGCGGACCAGCAGGCCUGCUGCUGGGAUUUGCGGCAUACGGCACAAUUAUUCUCGCUGUGAAUCAAUGUUUUGCGGAAAUGGUGUGUUAUCUGCCCAUACCGUCGCCGUUUGUUCAGCUGGCAGGUCACUGGGUCGACGAUGCCCUAGGCUUUGCCAUGGGGUGGAAUUUCUUCCUCACGAUGGCUCUCGGGAUUCCAUACGAGAUUGUCGCAAUCAAUGUACUUCUCACGUAUUGGACGGAUCGCAUACCGGUGGCGGCAGUCGUUGUCAUUGUCAUGGUGAUCUAUGGCAUUCUCAAUGUUUUGACCGUCCGAUACUUUGGAGUGGCCGAAUUCUACCUCUCCAUCUGCAAGAUUAUCUUGAUGAUAGGGUUGAUCUGCUACACCUUCGUGACCAUGGUCGGAGGGAAUCCUCAUCACGAUGCAUAUGGCUUCCGCUACUGGAAGGACCCGGGUGCCUUCGUCUCAUACCUCGCCGCCGGAAACACCGGUCGCUUCUGCGGCGUCCUCGCAUGCAUGAUCCAGGCGUCGUUCACCAUGGUCGGACCCGAAUACAUCUCGAUGACCACCGCAGAAGCCGAACGGCCACGGGUGGUGAUGCAUCGGGCCUUCACCUCCUUCGUCUGGCGCCUGAUGGUCUUCUUCAUCGCCGGGGCCUUAUGCAUGGGGAUCGUGCUGCCGUACAACGACCCGACCCUAGCCGCGACGAUCGCAGGAACACGUAAGGGGAGCGGAACCGGCGCAGCAUCCCCCUACGUGAUCUCCAUGAACAACCUCUCGAUCCCCGUCCUCCCCCACAUCGUCAACCUCCUCAUCCUAACCUCCGUCCUCUCCGCCGGCAACAACCUCGUCUACUCGGCCUCGCGCACGCUGCACGGGCUGGCUCUGACCGGCAAAGCCCCCGCCCUUCUGGGGCGAUGCACGGCCCGCGGCCUCCCGAUCUACGCGAUAGCCCUAACCAUGGCCUUCUGCUGCCUUGGCUUCCUCCAGGUGCAACACGCCUCCGCCACCGUCCUGAACUGGCUGGUCAGCGUCAUCACCGCAUCCUAUCUCCUGAAUUACCUGGGCACGUGUGUCACGUAUCUGCACUUCUAUGCUGCCUUGAAAGCGCAGGGCGUGGAUUGGGCCACGCUCCCGUUCCGAGGGUAUCUCCAGCCGUAUGCGGGGUGGUUUGCUGCCUUCGGGACCGGGGUAAUGGUGUUGGUGCUGGGGUGGGAGGUGUUUCUGGACGGGCGGUGGAGUACCGAGACUUUCGUGUUGGAUUAUGCGAUGAUUGCGGUGUUUGUGGGGUUGGGGGCUGGGUGGAAGGUGUUUAGACGGACGGGGUGGGUGCGGCCCGAGAGGGCGGAUUUGGGGGUUGGCGGGUUACGGGCGGAGGUGGAUGAGUAUGAGCGGGUGGUUGGGGAUGGAUUUAAAAAAAGGAAGGGGGGGUGGAGGUGGUGGGUGGUCGAUCGGUGGUUCGAGUAG